CGUGCCUUUCCUCCAGGGUUUCUGGGCUUCCCGCAAUUUUGCAUUCAAAACAACUUCUGGUGUCCUCUUGUCCUCUUGAGUCGAGCCCAUUCUCACCACGCCCUUGCACGAUGCCGUCAUCGCUCCGAAAGCGGGCCUCGUCCCAGCGUCAGACGCCAUCCCGGCCCAAAUCACCCAGUCUGAGCCCGCCUCGGGUUUUGCCUGGGGCCUGCGUCUCGGAGGGAUCGAUGGGCGGCGUGCGACGGGCGCUCCAAGUGCGAUUUGCGGAUGAGACGCGAGUGGAACCCAUGCGCGAUCACCUCGGCCUCUCAUCCGCCAAAAUCCGGCGCAAGAUCCAAGCUCGUGGCGCCUCGCACCAAGUGGGCUCAGUCUGGGCCCAUCAGUCCGAAGCGGAGGCUGACCCAGUGGAGGAUGAGGAUUCGGCCUCAGCCGAUGAAGCCUUAGCUAUGUAUGGCAAAUAUCGCAUCCCGGAACCACGCGCUCGAGGUGACCUAAAGGGCAGUCAAGUGUUUGGUUUCAAGACCCCGGCCAAAAACCGACAUGCUCCGGCGACAAGGCGACCGAUGACAAAGACCGUACAUGAGAAAGAUAACGCAGAGGCGUAUUUUGAAGCCCAUGGGACCCGAGAGAUCGCGACGUCAGAUCGAACUUUGGCGCGACUUAAGAACCCACGAUUGUCUCAGGCUGAAGUUGAAGAAUUGUUAACCAACGAACCACUCAAAUACCAGGCUGAAAUCGAUUUACUACUUCAAGACUACCGUCAGAAAUUUGGCAAAUGGUACGAACUUCUCCAGCGAGAUUUUAAUCUCGUCCUCUUUGGAUUGGGCUCUAAAAAAGCACUUAUUCAGGACUUUCAAUGUGAAAUGCUCAAGGAGCAGAGUGUCGUGCUUGUGAAUGGGUUCUUUCCCUCCCUGACGGUCAAGCAGAUUUUGAACUCCAUUACUGGGGACAUUUUGGCCAGCUCGGACACAUUCAGUAGCGUACCCGAUCAAAUUGCAUUCAUCAAGGAGACCUUAAACCAUGAGGCUGAGGAGGCCAUUUUCCUCAUAAUCCACAAUAUUGAUGGCAGCAUGCUCCGCAACGGCAAAGCUCAAACCGUGAUCGCUCAAUUGGCAGAACAUCCCAAGAUCCAUCUCAUUUGUUCAAUCGACCAUAUUAAUGCUCCACUUAUUUGGGAUCAAGAGAAGUUAUCUAAAAUGAACUUGGUUUGGUACGAUACGACCACAUUUCUUCCCUACACUGAGGAAACGAAGAACGAGAACUCCUUGUUGGUCAAGGAUUCGGGUAAAUUGGCGCUCAACUCAUUGACCCACGUGUUUGCCUCUUUGACGCCCAAUGCCAAGGGGAUUUACACGCUCAUCAUCAACUAUCAGAUUCAGGCCAUUGAGGAAUUGGGCGGUCCUCAGAACUACCAAGGGAUCUCGUUUCAGGAGCUGUAUAUGAAAAGCCGCCGGAGCUACUUAUCCAAUUCGGACCUGACCUUGAGAGCUCAACUGACCGAGUUCAUCGAUCAUAAAUUGAUAAGCAUCAAGAAAGGAUCGGACGGUAUGGAUUAUCUCACCAUUCCGUUAGGAAACGCCACCCUGAACGACUUCCUCGAGCUUCAAAGGUAGACAAUCGCCAUCAUUAGCUCAAUUAAGCCAUCAAUGUCAGAGUGGAAAUUUGACCCAUUGAUAUUUAUUUUGAAUCGCUUUCAUUUUUGUAAUAAACUUACACUUCUUUUAAAACUAUU